UGCCGCUGGGUGCAAGUUCUAGCUUGAAAUUCUCGCUGAGGCUGCGACGGUGUCUAUGGCAUUUCCUCUUUUUCAUGUCGCUGGGUUCGGUCUCAGUUGUUAUUUGGUCCCCUCGGGCUGUACGCUCUUUUUUGGAUAUCCUCGACAACCACCUAGCGUCGGAGCCUUGAAGUCGGUCCUAAAAAUUCCCAACGUGGACAGCGUCCUGUUGCCGACAUCUAUUAUCGAUGAGCUCUCUAGCAAUGCCGACCUUCUGAAAGUGGUGCUGAAGCUGUGGUAUAUAUUUGGCGGAGGUGGCUCAAUAUACAAGAGUGCAGGCGACAUCGUUGAACAGACCACGCGUUUAUUCAACGGCUUGGGUAGUACUGAGUGUGGCUCAUUCAUUCAAUAUCAGACCGAUCCAACCGAUUGGGCAUACUAUCAUUUUCAUCCUUGGAAUAGGGUGAAAAUGGCGACCAACCUCGGACCAGGAGUCGCAAGGCGAGGAUUUCGAUGGAGGACCAAGGAUGUGUUCCGGGAACACUCUUGCAUCCCGGACUACCGGACUACUGGGAAUACCGGUACCGACUGGAUGACCUGAUCGUCUUCUCGACCGGAGAAAAAAUGAACCCAUUGCCGGUGGAGGCUAAGUUGAGAGAUAUUGCGGGUUUUAGAGAAGCCCUGGUCGUGGGGAACAAGCCAUCUCGUUUUGUCUUUUAAUUCUUCUUGAAAUGGAAGCCAGCAAGCGUCGCUAUAGAGCCGGGGGCGAUUCCAUCGACAGAGAACGAACGGCCAUAAAACAUGUGCUGGAGUCUGAGAAUGCAAAAGGCUCCGGAGAUAGUCAAAUUCAUGACAAAAUGGUG